AUGUCAUCAUCAUUUGGUGCUGUUUAUUCUUCUCGUGAAUUACCUCGAUCAAAUGUCAUAACAUCUAAAGGUACACUUUAUCGUUCUUCACUAUCAAAACGGCCAACAGAACUUUAUCCAAAAAUAGUAUUCGAACCAUUACUUGUUGCAUCAAAACCAAUACAUUAUGUUACUGAUAAAAGCAAUCCACCAAUAAAAUCAAGAUUAAAACCACCUGCAACAGCACCAUCUCGUUCUCAUUCAAAUUAUACUAUUGGAUCAUCUUCUGAAGAAAAACAACCUGAUGUAUUCAUAACUGAUCAUUCUAAUGAUGAUAAUCGUUCUCUACCAUCAACACCACCACCUCCACCUAUAACUAAAACUGAUCAAGAUAUUCCACCUCGUAAAAUAGUAACACCAAUAUCAACACGGAUGAGACCUCCAUCAACUCUUCCAAUAAAUUCAACAAUAAAAUUAAAAUCUCAAGUUGCACGUUGUCGUAGCGCUACAGAAAGUAAAUCUUCAUAUACACCAAUGAAUAAAAAUAAUCCACGUUUUAUAAUAAUUGCUGAUGAAGAACAUCGUAUUGAAAGUUGGUAUCAUCAAUAUCCAUUUGUUCUUAGUGAUGAUUUAAUAUCAUCAUUUGAAUCUAAACAAUCACAACAAAAAGUAACUAUAUCAGCUUAUUUUAUUGAUGAUUUACAAAUGUCAAAUCCAAAUAUAACAGCUAAAACAUUUCUUCAAGGUAAACCAUUUCAUAUAAAUAAUGAUUGGAAAAAAUAUGAUGUGAUUUUUAUAUCAAAUAAUAUUUAUGAACAAGUUAUGAUUUAUUUAAAAACAAUUGUUAAUUUAAUGAAAUCAUCAGGAAAAAUUGUUAAAAUUUAUCAGAUUAAACAUGAUGAAGAUUUAAAGAAACAAGUCAGAAAUAUAUGUAAACAACUACAACAACAAAAUAUUUAA